ACGUCUAGCGAGGGCAGACACUCAGUCCGGAUCUCAGGAGUCAGCACCAUCGACUUCCGGGCUGGAUUUUCCAGGAAGCCCACUCUGGACUUCAAGAUGACCUCCAGCCGGCCAGUUCAAGGUCAGUAAGGUCACUUGACCCUCCUCGUUGUACCUUUCCAUCACACACCUGCUCCUUUAGUUUGACUGGAAAUGGUGGGAUGUUACCCUUUGGGAUAAUAGCUAUCUUUUGUGUGCUUUACCUUAAGCUUAAUUUCAUGCUUAAGUUUCAAGGGUCUUUGGUAUUUGGUUUUUCAUAUUGUUUGGAGAUUUAUGAAUUUGAUAGUGGACCCUAUUCUCAUCAUCAUCUUAUUGUCUUCUCCUAACCUCCCCAUCCCUCCCUCCCUCCCUCCCUCCCUCCCUCCCUCCCUCCCUCCCUCCCUCCCUCCCUCCCUCCCUCCCUCCCUCCCUCCCUCCCUCCCUCCCUCCCUCCCUCCCUCCAGGUAUCGCCACUUACAUCCUGCUGAACACCACAGGGCUGUCCCAUCCGGCGCGAGCUGAUAGGCUGGAGCUUGUGUCAAUCACAGGCGGUGUGAUUAAGACCCUCCCAGUGCGGUACUAUCCCAACACUGGGAAGGGAAGUCCCCUGACAGGAACCAUCUGGAACAUCACAGAGUUUGUCCCGCCCAAAGAGGCCUUCUUCCUGCGGGUCACAGGUUAUGACAAGGAUGGCUUCCUGUUCCAGAGGGUCUCCAGUGUGUCCUUCUCCAGUAUUGUUCCUGGUCAGUUACCUGGACUAACAGUGAUUUUUGUCAGUGGCAAAGGGCUCUGGUCAAAAGUAGUACACUAUAUAAGGAAUUUGGGAUGCAACCAGUGACUUCUCCCCCCAGUGAUUUCAGUGUUUUCUUAGUGAUUCUUUUUAGCAAAGGGUAGAAAAUAUUUAAUACAAAUAUGAAUACAAAUUGAUACAAAUGAAGAGGUCCAUGAAUGCAAAGUUUGAUAGCGAUUGAUCAAUUAUCCAAUAAACCAGAGGUUUAAGAUGCAUUCAAAAGUAUAUUUCCCACUGGAUAGUUUUAGACUAGGGUUCCCAAUGUUAGUACAUGUUCUGGAUGUUAACAAUAACAAUGUCUGUCCGUUCUUGCCCUACCCUGUCCCGCCCCUCUACCCCCUGCCAGAUGCGCCUAAGGUUGUGAUGCACCCCACCACCCCGGGGUACUACCUGCAGAGAGGGACCAUCUCCUGCCAGGUGGACAGCCUCAUCCCCUUCACAUUGCGUUUCACCAGGGAGGGGAAAAGCCUGGGUGUCGAUCAGCUCUUCAGGUAAUAUAAGACCCUAUUUGGGAGGGAGGGGGAGGGGAGGGGAGGGAGGGGAGAGGGAGGGAGGGAGGGAGGAGGGGAGAGGGAGAGGGAGGGGAAGGUUAAAUGGAAGCAUGUGAAAUGAAUGGGUUUCCAAUACAGUCUGAAGGCAUUCACUAAGCAUCAUAUUAUUAGCUAGAUAGGGGGCUCCUAGUUUUAAUCACAUCAUCCAAUCUCUAAUAUAUUCCUGUUCUAUAUCUUAUAUCACAUCAUGGCACAGUAGAGUAUGUGAAUGUUUUGUGUCUCUGUUCCUCUGUCAGGGAGUCAGCCUAUGCGUCAUGGGAGCUGGCCCAGGUGACUCUGAAGGAUGAGGGCUUCUAUGAGUGCAUCGCCAUCAGCAGCGCUGGGACAGGACGCGCCAGAACCUUCCUGGACGUCUCAGGUAGGACAAUCCCCUGAUCCCUGACCCAUACCGCUCUGUCAUCUCUAUGGCAACACAGGCCUAAUCAGUGUACGCUCUGAGUCAAGCAGAAAGGUCUGGGAACCAAAAACUACAUAUCUGACUCCACCUUACUCUCAGAACUACAUAUCUGACUCCAUCAUACUCACAGAACUACAUAUCUGACUCCAUCAUACUCACAGAACCAGGGGCGCAACUUUCACUGGGCUCCCCCUCAAAUUCUGAAAUUGCAUUUUUGUCCCCCCCCCAGUUUUAUCAUUGGAAUGUGAUACAAAACGAGGCAAUGGUGUGCUUUAGGACCAUAUGGACGCUGCCGAGCGGUCGGUUAGGCUGUUUGGAGUGUUUAUCCGACUGGAUAAAAUAAAAUAAAAGAAAUAAAUGUCCCCCCCACUUCUAAAACCAAAGUUGCGCCCCUGCUCAGAACGAUAUAUCUGACUCCAUCUUACUCUCAGGUCCCUAGGGGAUAGGAAACUUGAGUAUUAACCAAUUAGCCUUGGCGUGGCCAAACUUACAUCUAAAGAAGUAAGUCUAUACACUACAAUACAUUACAUGUGUAAACAUUAGUAAUGGUGUAUAAUGGAUCCCACAAUAAGUAUUUUGCGCAGCUGGGGGUUGUAUGAUUACCCUAUACAUACCUUCAUUCGAACACACACACGGAGGCACACACGGAGGCACACACACACACACACACACACACACACACACACACACACACACACACACACACACACAGAGGCACACACGGAGGCACACACACACACAUACACACACACACAGAGGCACACACGGAGGCACACACGGAGGCACACACACACACACACACACACACACACACACACACACACACACACACACACACACACACACACACACACACACACACACACACACACACACAGAGGCACACACGGAGGCACACACACACACAUACACACACACACAGAGGCACACACGGAGGCACACACACACACACACACACACACACAGAGGCACACACGGAGGCACACACACACACACACGCACACACGGAGGCACACAUACACACACACACACACACACACAGAGGCACACACACACACACACACACACACAUACACACACACACACACACACACACACACACACACACACACACAGCAGUGGGGAUGGAUUCCUGAAGUGAAAUGUAGCAAUAAGAGAAACAGUUUUACUUCAUGCUCAAUGGGACAGAGCCUUAGAGAACAUGGUGAUGACGUACAGGUACAAACCAAGCCCCAGGGGACAUGGGUUUGGCUUUCAUAGGGCUCAGGCUCAAAACUAGUGCCCUCUAAAGGGAAUAGGGUGCAAUUUGGAACUCAGACUAUGAAUGGGGGAGAACCUUGCUCUCAGUCUGACCUCUGUCUAUGCCUCAUAGGCCUCUGGCCAUGGGCCAUGGUUAUGCAUGAUAUGUAAGGUAAUGUAGCAUAGCAUUAUGGAACAUGUUCCAAACCAUUUUACAUGUACUAUGUAUUACAUCAGAACUAAGCUCACUGGAACCACUGCCUGGGGACCUUUCUCUUUCCUGUUUCUGUCUGUCACUUCCUCUCUCUCUCUCUCUGUCUCUGUCUCUGUCUCUCUCUUUCUCUGUCUCUCUCUCUCUCAAAUUCAAUUCAAUUUAAGGGCUUUAUUGGCAUGGGAAACGUAUGUUAACAUUGCCAAAGCAAGUGAAGUAGAUGGUGAAAUAAACAAUAAAUAUUAACAGUAAACAAUAUAAAUAUGGGUUGUAUUUACAAUGGUGUUUGUUCUUCACUGGUUGCCCUUUUGUUGUGGCAACAGGUCACAAAUCUUACUGCUGUGAUGGCACACUGUGGUUUUUCACCCAGUAGAUAAGGGAGUUUAUCAAAAUUAGUUUGUUUUCGAUUUCUUUGUGGAUCUCUGUAAUCUGAGGGAAAUAUGUGUCUCUAAAUGGUCAUAGGAAGUGCAGCUCAGUUUCUACCUCAUUUUGUGGGCAGUGUGCACAUAGCAUGUCUUCUCUUGAGAGCCUGGUCUGCCUACGGCGGCCUUUCUCAAUAGCAAGGCUAUGCUCACUGAGUCUGUACAUAGUCAAAUCUUUCCUUAAGUUUGGGUUAGUCACAGUGGUCAGGUAUUCUGCCACUGUGUACUCUCUGUUUAGGGCCAAAUAGCAUUCUAGUUUGCUCUGUUUUGUUUGUUAAUUCUUUCCAAUGUGUCAAGUAAUUAUCUUUUUGAUUUCUCAUGAUUUUUUUGGGUCUAAUUGUGUUGUUGUCCUGGGGCUCUGUGGGGUCUGUUUGUGUUUGUGAACAGAGCCCCAGGACCAGCUUGCUUAGGGUACUCUUCUCCAGGUUCAUCUCUCUGUAGGUCAUGGCUUUGUUAUGGAAGGUUUGGGAAUCGCUUCCUUUUAGGUGGUUGUAGAAUUUAACGGCUCUUUUCUGGAUUUUGAUAAUUAGCAGGUAUUGGCCUAAUUCUGCUCUGCAUGCAUUAUUUGGUGUUUUACAUUGUACACAGAGGAUGUUUUUGCAGAAUUCAGCAUGAAGUCUCAAUUUUGUAAAUUCUUGGUUGGUGAGCAGACCCCAGACCUCACAACCAUAUAAUAAUAAUAAUAAUAAUAAUAAUAAUAAUAAUAAUAAUAUAAUAAUAUGCCAUUUAGCAGACGCUUUUAUCCAAAGCGACUUACAGUCAUUUGUGCAUACAUUUUUUACAUAUGGGUGGUCCCGGGGAUCGAACCCACUACCCCGGCGUUACAAGCACCAUGCUCUACCAAUUGAGCUACAGAGGACCAUAAAGGGCAAUGGGUUCUAUAACUGAUUCAAGUAUUCUUAGCCAGAUCCUUAAUUGGCAUGUCGAAUUGUAUGUUCCUUUUGAUGGCGUAGAAGGCCCUUCUUGCCUUGUCUCUCAGAUCGUUCACAGCUUUAUGGAAGUUACCUGUAGCGCUGAUGUUUAGACCGAGGUACGUAUCAUUUUUUGUGUACUCUAGGGCAACGGUGUCUAGAUGGAAUUUGUAUUUGUGGUCCUGGCAACUGGACCUUUUUUGGAACACCAUUAUUUUUGUCUUACUGAGAUUUACUUUCAGGGCCCAAGUCUGACCGUAUCUGCGCAGAAGAUCUAGGUGCUGCUGUAGGCCUUCCUUGGUUGGUGACAGAAGCACCAGAUCAUCAGCAAGCAGUAGACAUUUUACUUCAGAUUCUAGUAGGGUGAGGCCGGGUGCUGCAGACUGUUCUAGUGCCCUCGCCAAUUCGUUGAUAUAUAUGUUGAAGAGGGUGGGGCUCAAGCUGCAUCCCUGUCUCACCCUGUCUCACCCUGUCUCUCUCUCUCUCUCUCUCUCACUCUCACUCUCACUCUCACUCUCACUCUUCCCUCUGCUCUGGUGAUGUUAUAAACAGGGUGACCAUUUCACCCCGGUAUGUAUGUCAUCUUCAGUUCUUCAGUCUCCCAAAAUGUAUAUUAGCCCCCUGGAACCCAGGUCAGAGCUCCUUCCCAUCUUUCCUCCUCCCCUCUUCCCCUCCUCUCCUUCCCCCUGUUUUUCCAUGCAUAUUUUUGGCAAACCUCUUAGAGAUGAUUGACGACGGGCCCUAUGAAGCCAAGCAGUACAGGGGUAAAGGUUGUGUGCGGCUCAACUUUUUCUGAGAAUGUGUCUCUGUCUCUCUCUCUCCUUCCCUCUCUCCCCCCUCUAUGUAUCUCUGUCUCUCUCUCGCUCUCCCUCUCUCUCUCUCUUUCUCUCCCUUCCUCCACAGAGCCCCCUCCUGCAAUCACAGUGGGCGGUAAUGUGACAGCGACUCCAGGCUCCAGUGCUGUUCUGACCUGCCAUGUGGCCAGUACGGUCCAGUUCAACCUGACCUGGCACAGAGGGGGUGUGGACGCCCGGCUGGACCCCCGCCGGCGCCCCCUGGCCAACCUCUCCCUGGAGAUACACUCCGUUGGCACCGACGACGCCGGCUGGUACGAGUGUGUCGCCACCAACGAGGGAGGAGUUUCCACCGAACGCAUCUACCUCAUCGUGCAA